AUGGCUAAUAAUCAAAAUCCUUUUUUCACUCAGCUAAAAGAUUGUGGAGAUUAUUUUAUUGAGGAAGAUGAGGAAACAAAGCGCCUCUGGAAAGAGUUUCAGUCUUGUGCUCGAUCGGUAACUAAAUUAUAUACGGACGCCUCUUGGAAAUCUUUACAAACGGCCGCCGCUGACACUACUCAGCUGUAUAAGACUUCACUUGAAAUACGUAGAACUAGCCAUACAAACGGAUUUAGGGAUGGCCGUACGGCUUUAGCUAAGGAAUUAUUAUCUGCAUUGUCCUGCAGGAACUCUAUCGAUAUUCACACCCUAAUGGAAUUUUUACGAAGGAGUAUUGAUGGUAAUCAUGAAAGUCAACGACGUUUUCACGACCGGCAUGAUUUUGAUGAGCCUGAUGCAGGACAUGGUCUAGCUUUAUUCGAAGAGGUAUUAACUCCGAAUCUUGCCACAAAUGCCCGAGAAGAUGAAUUAGAUACUUUUUUGGCGCAGCAAGUACAACGCCAUCAGCGCAAACGACAGCGGGAUACCUCACCGACGUCGAUAAUCAAAAAGUUCAAAAAACAGUGA